AUGGCUUCCAAGCAAUUGCUCAUCGUCGCCGCCGUUCUCGUGGUGCCGGCCUUCGCCGCCGACCUCUUGGUCGGAGACGACAAGGGCUGGGCUCCCAACGUCGACUACGACAAGUGGGUCCACGGCAACGAGUUCAUCGUCGGCAACACGCUAGUGUUCAAGUACGCCAAGGGCCAGCACACGGUGGUGGAGGCGACGCCGUCGAACUUCGCGGCGUGCAGCCAGGCCAACAGCCUGAGGUUGUGGAGCUCCGGCGAGGACAGGGUCGCCCUCACCACGUCGGGGCAGAGGUGGUUCUUUUGCGGGGUGGGUGAUGACUGCGCGCAGGGCAUGAGGUUCAACGUCACCGUCCUCCCGGCCGUCAAGCUAUCCUCGUCGUCGCCGCCGCCGCACUCCCGGGGCGGUAGCGUGGCAGCGGUGCUCGCCGCCAGCGCGGUUGUCGUGGCUGCUCUAUUGUUCUAG